AUGUCAUUAUCUUAAAGAAUAACAGUGACAUAAAAGGGAAGGGAACUACAAGAAUAACUUAGAGAACAAAACAGACAACCCUAAAAACCAGCAUUAGUCAAGGAAAAUUAAGGUAAAACAAUUAGGAAGAAUUGAUAGAUAGUUUAGCUCAUUUUUUUGAUAAAGAACUUAAAGCAUAAGAUUAACUUAAUAGUUAUGCUUCAUUAAUACAAAAUAGAUUGAAAUCUCCAGAAUAAAUUAUAGAAUUUCUUGAAACAAAAUUUUAGAAACAACCUUUAUUUGUUUAAAAGGAGAUGUAAAAAGUAGGAUAAAGAAUAUUUCACUAUGGAAAUAGAGAGAUUCAUUCCUAAGCAGUUUUACCUUAAUUAGAUUUUAGGUAAAAGUAAUAUAUGAAAAACAAAUAUGCAAAUUACAGUGAAAAUUUAUCAUCUAGAUAAUCAAGUACAAAAAUAAUUUAAAAUGUUAGGACAUUAAGUUGAGGAAGGAUUAACAAAAAAAGUUAAUUUCAUGUUAUUUUAAGAAGGAAAGAUAGAGAGAAUGAUCACUAAGUAUGAAAAAUUCAAUGAAAAAGCUAAAUUAAUACCUUAAUAUAAGAAGGAUGAUAAAAAAGGAGAAGAUUUUAUGAAAUAGUUACUUUAAAGAAUGGAUGCAGGCUAAGAAACAAGAGUUGAAUCAUUAUAAGAAAUAAGAUAAUAGCAUUAAGCAGAAUUAAGUUUACUUGAAUAUUAAAAUCUAUAAUAGGAGAGAUUAAGAUAAACUAUGUCAGAUUUGCAUAAAUCAAAAUAUGGAAGAUAUUGGAAUAAAUUAAAAUUAUCAUCUAGAACAGAUAAAUGA